CGGUGGAGGGUUUCCACUAGUUACCUCAGCCUUAAAGUCAAAAUUGGCUAUAUUUUCAAAAUCCAGAACUUAAAUAUGCUUAAUUUAAAGUUAGGAUUAGGCAUACAUUUAGCAGUGGUUAAGGUUAGGUUUAAAAUCUGAUUUUAAGAAAAUUAAUUGUAGAAUAGGCGGGGUUUAGGACUUUGUGGCUGUGUGACGACAGUGAGGAGGCUACCAAAGAAAAUGCUAUUGUUGUCGUUUGUCAGCAAGACGAUAACUGGCAAAGAUACUUAGCUCGCCGAAAGGAAUUAUCAAUGAGUAUUUUAUAUAUCGACAACGCCACAUAUUACAUGUUAAAAUGAAAAAAAUGAGGAAUGCUUCGUUGGGCCUAACUGCUCUGACCUGAGGGAGCUGAGUCUGCUCCCCCAUAAUCCCUUUGACCCCUGACUUUUGACCCCUGGACGGUGUAACCAUGACGACGGGGGAUUGUUGCCACCUCCCGGGCUCCCUAUGCGACUGCACUGGCAACACUGGCCUGUCCAAAAGCGUGGAGGAGUCGGAUAACUGCAGAGCGCAGUAUGUCACCCAGGUCACAGCCAAAGAUGGGCGGCUGCUCUCCACCGUCAUCAAACCUUUGAGCACACAGAGCGAUGGGCCAAUUUGCCGGAUCUGCCACGAGGGGGCCAACGGCGAGGGACUUCUGUCCCCCUGCAACUGCACAGGGACUCUGGGCACAGUGCACAAGAGCUGCCUGGAGAGGUGGCUCUCCUCCUCCAACACCAGCUACUGUGAGCUGUGCCACACAGAGUUCACUAUUGAGCGUAGGCCCAAGCCCCUCACAGAGUGGCUGCGGGACCCGGGCCCUCGUAACGAGAAGCGCACAUUGUUCUGUGACAUGGUGUGCUUCCUAUUAAUCACGCCCCUGGCAGCCAUCUCUGGCUGGCUGUGUCUGAGGGGAGCCCAAGAUCACCUGCACUUCAACAGCAGACUGGAGGCCUUGGGCCUCAUCGCCCUCACCAUCGCCCUUUUCACAAUCUACGUCCUCUGGACUCUGGUAUCAUUCCGCUACCACUGUCAGCUCUACUCUGAGUGGAGACGAACCCAUCAGAAAGUACGCCUCCUCCUUCCCGAUGCCAAGGGGCGGCAUUCUAACCAGCAUUCCUUGCUCUCCACCAAGCUGCUGAAAAAAACAGCAGACGAGACUAUAGUAUGAGGUCAAAGGUGGGAAGAUUUGAAGUUGGUGUUCUUUGGGUGCUGGAGGUUCUCAAUGAAAAAGCACGUCUCCAACCAGAGCCCAAGCUCUUUUUCUAUUUAAAUCCUUUCUAACUAUGUGUGUCAUCAUCGUCAGCACUUCUUUUUUAUUUUGUCGUCUGAGCCUCUGAUGGUGUUUUUUUUUGUGAUCUGGUAAAGAAACCAAUAUUUUAGAGACCAGUGAUUACCGUGCAGUAUGGUGUUUCGGAAGGUUUGGAAAAGGGCAGUUGAUUGGAUGGGUCUCCGCUGUGCGCUGCAAAGGGACAACAUAGGAUUCAUUGGACAGAUGCUCAGUGGAGAUGGCUGCUGAAGCUUUAAGACCAAACCCUCUAGUUUUUAAGUGGACAAUUCCCACUUUCUCCUCCCUAAUUUCCUUCACAGCCGUCUCUAAAAGUGUAGUAUGGAUCGUUGACGCUGAUCUACGGCGAUCCAUCCAGCGGUUGGUUCCCUAACCACUGAGUGUAGAAGUAAGAAGCUUAAAGCUUUCAUUCCUGUUUACCAGCCAAAGGCUAUUAGACUGGGGGGAUUAUAGAUGCUUAUGACAUUGCUACGCAAGCCAGUUGACUCCCUUCAAUUCAGCUCCAUCUGUUUUCCUCCUUGGUGUGAGCAGGAAUUUUGUUCAUAAAGAUGGAGAUUGUGCAAUAAAACACUGGACACGGUUUCCUCUCACAGUACGUGAUGAGACUGGCACCAACAUGCACAAUUUUGCAUGCAUGUACUGUUCAUUUUUUUAUUUUUGGUAUUUUUGGGGGGGGGAAUUGUACGAGAGGUUGGUUGAGCUCCCAUUAAUCUGGUGUUACAAGUUAGUAUGUUGAACUGGGUUUCCUCCCUAGAGUAUAGAGGUCUCUCAUACUAUUAGCACCACAUAGAGUGAGCUGAUCUAGGUAGGUAGGUCUACACGCCACUGAUGGGAGAGAAAAGAAACUUUAUGGAAAUGUAUAUUCCACCAACAUGAAGUUCAAACUUUUUGUGGUUGACGGAGAGUAAGUCUUACCUUUCCAGGACAAUGUUAGAGUAGCGCAGGUCAAGAUCACUCUUCAAUAGCUAGUACAUUGCUCUCCUACGACGAUAGACCAAUGAAAUGCUUUUAAAUAUUAUGUGUUUUUUUUGUGUAGUCAUAACAUUUGCGAGGAAUCACAUGCAGCAAGAGCAUAGAUUGGUUAAUUGAUGUUACUUCAUGUUUUAUAGCAGUUGCAUUCCCCUUCUGAUAUGCAGGCGACCAGACUGAUGUCUUGUCUCAGACGUCUACAGAUGUCAACUGUACCUUGACAGUAGAACCUAGUGUGUGGAGCAAGACCAGUGUAGGCACUGUUCUCACCCAUCUACCACAGCUUUAAAAUGCAUGAGUUGACCUCUGGACAAGAGAUAUAUGCAAAAACACAGAUUUAUAGGGCUGGCCAUGUUACUAUCACCUGUUUGGAUCUUUUCAUGAAUAUACAGUUGAAGUCAGAAGUUUACAUACACUUAGGUUGGAGUCAUUAAAACUAUUUUUUUUCAACCACUCCACAAAUUUCUUGUUAACAACCUAUAGAUUUGGCAAGUCAUUUAGGACAUCUACUUUGUGCAUGACACAAGGAAUUUUUCCAGCAGUUGUUUACAGACAGAUUUUUUCACAUAUAAUUCACUGUAUCACAAUUCCAGUGGGUCAGAAGUUUACAUACACUAAGUUGACUAUGCCUUUAAACAGCUUGGAAAAUUCCAGAAAAUUAUGUCAUGGCUUUAGAAGCUUCUGACAGGCUAAUUGACUUCAUUUGAGUCAAUUGGAGGUGUACCUGUGGAUGUAUUUCAAGGCCUACCUUCAAACUCAGUGCCUCUUUACUUGGGAAAAUCAAAAGAAAUCAGCCAAGACCUCAAAAAAAAAAAUAUCUAGACCUCCACAAGUCUGGUUCAUUCUUGGGAGCAAUUUCCAAACGCCUGAAGGUACCACGUUCAUCUGUACAAACAAAAGUACAACACCAUGGGACCACGCAGCCGUCAUUCCGGUCAGGAAAUAGACGCGUUCUGUCUCCUAGAGAUUAACGUACUUUGGUGCGAAAAGUGCAAAUCAUUCCCAGAACAACAGCAAAUGACCUUGUGAAGAUGCUGGAGGAAACGGGUACAAAAGUAUCUAUGUCCACAGUAAGACGAGUCCUAUUUCGACAUAACCUGAAAGGUCGCUCAGCAAGGAACAAGUCACUGCUCCAAAACCGCCAUAAAAAAGCCAGACUACGGUUUUCAACUGCACAUGGGAACAAAGAUCGUACUCUUUGGAGAAAUGUCCUCUGGUCUGAUGAAACAAAAAUAGAACUGUUUGGUCAUAAUGACCAUCAUUAUGUUUGGAGGAAAGCGGGGAAGGCUUGCAAGCCGAAGAACACCAUCCCAACCAUGAAGCACGGGAGUGGCAGCAUCAUGUUGUGGGGGUGCUUUGCUGCAGGAGGAACAGGUGCAGUUCACAAAAUAGAUGGCAUCAUGAUGAUGGAAAAUUAUAUGGAUAUAUUGAUGCAACAUCCCAAGACAUUAAUCAGGAAGUUAUAGCUUGGUCUUCCAAAUGGACAAUGACCGCAAGCAUACUUCCAAAGUUGUGGCAAAAUGGUUUAAGGACAACAAAGUCAAGGUAUUGGAGUGGCCAUCACAAAGCCCUGACCUCAAUCCUGUAGAAAAUUUGUGGACAGAAUUGAAAAAGUGUGUGCUAGCAAGGAGGCCUACAAACCUGACUCAAUUACACUAGCUCUGUCAGGAGGAAUGGGCCAACAUUCACCCAACUUAUUGUGGGAAGCUUGUAGAAGGCUACUCAAAAUGUUUGAUCCAAGUUAAACAAUUUAAAGGCAAUGCUACCAAUUACUAAUUGAGUGUAUGUGACCUUCUGACCCACUGGGAAUGUGAUGAAAUAAAUAAAAGCUGAAUAAAUCAUUCUCUGUAUUAUUUUGACAUUUCACAUUCUUAGAAUAAAGGGGUGAACCUAACUGACCUAAGACAGGGAUUUUUUACUAGAAUUAAAUGUCAGGAAUUGUGAAAAACUGAGUUCAAAUGUAUUUGGCUAAGGUGUAUGUAAACCUCCGACUUCAACUGUGUGUGUGUGUUUGGUUUGAGUUCCUCUUUGUUCAGUUGAUAUAUUUUACUUUCUUCCUUGUACACUGUAUGGUCGCUUCAGAACCCCCUUUGUUUUAGCCCAGCUUCAUUUCUGCAUAUUUGUGUGUAUAUAUAUAUAUUGUUAAUCAUAGUGUUGUCCAUGGUUGAACGUAAAAGUAUUGACCCUGAAUGUUAACUGGCCUGAAUAAGGAGAGAGACUGAAUGCAAAUAGCCUCAGUAGAAAUCUCAAAUUAUGGUCCACAGAAGCCAAAAACCUAGGCCUAGAUUUGACGCUAAUUUAUUUCUAUGAUAGUAGUUUUUGUUAUAAUCCCUUCAUGGUAAUCAUACUCCUGUGUAUUGCUUAUUUUGUAGGUGCAGGUUCAACUCUUCCAGUACCUGUAGGCUUCAUGCAUAGGUUUGACUGAGGGUUUAUCACCUGAAGGGCUUUGCAGUGGGACAGCUAAGCUGUAUAAGUGUUAUGCAGCUGUGAGAAUCCUGGUUAUGAGAGUGGCUUUCUGAAAUCCGUUUCAAACUGAAAAAGUGUGAUCUCCAGUCACAGUAAACGAAAUAGGAAAGUCAUCCUCUAAACUUGAACAGCAUAGACAGACAGUCAGCCAAGUUCAGUGGUGUCCUGUUGGGAGACCCCUUUUUUUUAAAUAAAGUAUCCUCCACUUUUUGUUGUUGUUGUAAAGUGUUGAUUUGACCUCUAAAGUAAUCCUCUUGUCUGGAAAACCUAUUUGUUGUUAAAUAAUAAUACUAGAGCUUAGUUGGAGGUUAUUUUCCUGUAUGUCAAUGUGUGUUGUGGAGUGGAACAGCUUUCAGGAUCUUUCAGCAUGGAGAGAGUUCUUAUCUACAUUGUCAGUGAUGGGCCACUGCCCUGUCUCAUGCUGUCUCUGAUUGGUGCUUUUGCCUCUACCUGACAUGUUUGGAGCUAUGGAGACAUUGCAAAGUAGGGUGUAGUUACAGCAAGUGUGCAAUUUGAUAAAUUUACAAUGCAAUGCUUACCUAUAACCGUAACAAUACAUAAUGAAAAUCAGAAAUAUAAUGUAGAAGCUAGUGCAUAUGAAGGAUCAUAGCAGUUUGCUCACUUGUGCAGUCUGAGAGGGCCACAAUAGGAUGUUUUAUUUUGCUAAGUGAGUCUGUGAGUUGCCAACAAUAUGCAACACUGCUCCCUUUGAAGGCAGCUAAGAGACAUACUUGCCACAUUACUCCAGCUUUUAUAUAACCAUUAACUCAAAACAGGUUAUUUUCUCCAAAGAUGCAUUUAUUCUUGUUUUGUAUAUCAAAUGGCACUUUUACAAAACUAUCAUGGAAAUCAAUACAGUUUGGUUGUUUCUAACACCAACUUUGAAAGGGAUUUAAAAGCAUUACUGAUAUAGUACAAUUUUCAAAUUUCUGGUGUUUGGAUAUUGCUCCUCGGGUGUUGUUUUUGAUUUGAAGACGCAACAAAGAUUCCUGGGCAUUCUCAUGCUUGUAUGUAGAAGGAGCAACAUACCAGAUUUGUAGACUUAUUUUUGUUUGAUAAGGUCUUAAUCUCUUGUUAAUUUUUCCACUGUUUUUAACAUGCUGAUGUGUAUCCGUUGUAAUUUUUGUUCAAUUAUUCAUUAAGCACAGGGUUUUUAAUCACUCUUAGAGAUGGAAUCCGCAGAAGCUGAGGAGAGUCGCACAGCAUGGUUAAACAAGUUAUGCUCUUCUAUCGCAGGUGCAAUGAUGUCUGUUGGGGAAAAAACAGUGUUUGUUUUUUGUUGUUGUAAUAUCGCAAACGGACGUGGCAGUUCCACCAUUAAGGAUUCCAGCUUUAACUAUAAUGUUUAUGUUGUGCAGUGGAAAAAGAAAGAUGUCUAAACCCAAAAUAUGUUGGUGCUUGCAAUCAGCCAAGAAAGUGUGCAAAGAAAAUAAUAAAUGAAGCCACAGUAUGGAUAAACAUCAA